AUGUCUGGUUUACUAAAUGAAAUAAAUCCUAAUAUUACCAAACAAAAUAUAGUAACAAACGAAACUAGUCUUGACGAUGAUCAUGGUACUAAAGAAAUGCAAUUUGAGUCUGAUACAGAGUUUCCAGAUUGUUGGGACUUAAAACAAAUAUCUUAUUUUACAAAAGAAUACCCAUGGAUAUAUUUUAAGAAGAAAAAUAUUGGUUGUACAAUUUGUAAAAGCAUAAAACAAAAUUUGCUUGAUCAUAAAGGUUCCCAUGUGUCAUCAGAAUGGAUUAAUGGUGAGGUGUAUCCAUCUGGUUCUAGCUUAGAAAAGAAAAAAACUAACUUACGAAAAAAGAUUGCUAAACACAAAAGUUCUAUUGCUCAUUUAAAUGCCUAA